GUACCUCAACCCAUCGUAAAUAGCAUCUAUGUCCCCACAAGUUCGCACUCUCAUGCCGGCCCCUCCACUCAGACCGACGAUACUCUCUUGCUUUUCCGACGGAAACAGCGCGAGCUUGAAGCUCACUUGCAAGUCCUCCUCGAUGCACAAGCUGAUGCCCUCCUCUCUGGUCUUGAUGCACCACCGACCUCUGCUGCAGAAGACGAUGGCUUAUCGACAGGCUCCAGCACACCGACUGCCAGUGCCCUCAAGGCAAAACCACACUCUUCCUCAAAUUCAGAGAAGAUUGACCUCCGUCAUGCCAGGAUCGGCUUGUAUGCCACUAUGCGACGUCUGGCACAACUCAAAUCUCAGGAGUCUCAGUAUCUGGCUCCAAGCCUCGAGCACUUCGCGUCUGUUGUCGACCAACUUGACGCCUGGCAGAAGAAGUGCAACGCUUUACAGUCACGCGCUUCUCAAAUACGCUCUGGUGAUGAACACAACCGUGCUCUUGACUUGCACAAACAAGCAGAUGAUAUGCAAACCGAGAUCAACGAUCUCGAAACCAGGCUAGCUCGCUUGAAAGCUGAUCAGCGCAAGUUGAGGGCUGAGGCGCAGGAGAUUGAGAACACUGUUGACGCCCGCCUUGCAUCGUACACGGAAAGCCUAGGCAUCGUUGAGGACUCUAUACGAGGUUUCCUUCACAACGAUUCUGCAAGUCACUGGUCAGCUAUCGUCAAUGUUACAGACAUGGACCGCUUUUGGCGUUCACCUUCUCAAGGUCGAACUCUGGAAUCUGCGAAGGACAUCUUCAGUCGGGAGCGAGAUUCGCUGGUUGAAAAGCGUCAUGUUAGCGAUGCUGAGCGUGAGGCGCUUGAAGAAGGUGCUCUCGUUUGGAGAGAUGCUGUGAAGCAAGUUUCUGCCUUCGAAAGGUCGCUUGCAAAGGCUAUGUCGCGCAUGGGAAAAGAGUCGCAAUCUCAGGUUGAUUCCCCCACAGAAACGAAGGAGCUACUCACUAUGCUCGAGCAGACUACUACAGAGCUUGAGAACAAGCACAAGCUUGCCGAGGCACGCAGUUGGAAGCUCUUGGUUGCAGCAAUUGGUGCAGAACUCGAAGCUUUCUUGAAAGGAAAACAGAUACUCGAAGCUGCACUU